AUGGUUGAACCUUACAGAGAUCCAUGGAAAGAAUACAAAUCAGCAUUAGAUUCACUAAAAAAGAAAUUUCUGAAAAAACCUAAUAAUCAACAAGUUUUGGCGGAGCUUGCGAACCUUGCAUUACGUUUCCAGGAUGAAGAAUGUGAACAAUAUGCAGGUAUGUGUUAUAUACAAAUGGCAAAAAUUAAUGAAAAAAUGGGUGACUGGAGCAUGCAGUAUACUCAUUAUCUGAAGGCUGCUCGAUGUUUCAAAAAUGCAGAAAUACGGAAUUACGAAAUGAACAUAUUUGCUUAUGUUAUUGCAGCCUGUUCCGACCAUCUGAAUUAUAUGCAGGAUUGUUACAACCGAGCAAUCCAGUUAAUUCUCGAUCACCAGGGAUUUUGGUUGGCCGGUUUGCACUGCACUGAACUAGGCUCCAUAUUGUUCAACAUUGAUGAACAUCAGCUGGCGUUACCGUUUUUGUUACGAGGAGCCGAAUUUUUGAAAGUGGAAUUUCAUAGCCGCUUAGCAGCUUUACAAAAAUUAGCAGCCUGCCAGGUUGAAUUGGAGAUGUAUGCAGAUGCACUUGCAACUGUUGAUGAUCUGUGGGCAGUUCAUAUGAAGAAUACAGAUGAUCCAAAAUUUGGUUAUGGUGAAGAACUUCUGAGGGAUUGCGAAAUUGCGUCAGUGCUUUUGCUGUUACAGGGGAAAAAUGAUGAUAUAUCUGCCCGACAUCGUUUACUGCUAUCAAUGUAUGAUAAGUCGUCACUGGUACUUGAUGAGAAGACAAAAAAGGAACAGAAAGUACCAUGGAAAAAACUGCCACCGAAAGAUUCUUCAUUAUCCAAGGAUUUAUAUUUCUACUUUUAUGAAUUUGUAAUGGCACUUCGGCUUGGUGACGUGGAAAUGGCUAGGAAAAAUUUCGAUUUUCUCGAAAAAUAUUUUAAUUUGAUGUGCAUUAAGCUAGCUAUGAAAUUGCUGGACGAGGUUAUGGAUAGAGGUGGAUUAGAUAAAAGAGGUUUUGCCGACAAAUUUAUUUCUCGAUAA